AUGAUCAGGAAGUCUCUAUGUGUGCUUACUGUGCUGUCAGUAUUGCUGUUGUUAUCGGUUAAGUUCAACACUAUGAAACGUGAAGGUGAGACUUAAUGCUACUUAUGCGUUUUAAAAUGAUUUUUCUAGCUCUCCCAACCUACGAUUUUCGACAGUGUCGUUAGAUUAAAAUAUUUUUGUCAGUUAGUUAAUGCCACAAACUCCUUCGUCAAAUUUCUUGUUCGCUUUUAAUUUAAACACUGUGUUCAAGCGGACAAGAAAAUAUAUAUAUAUAUUGUACUGUGUGUUUGGGGGCGGGAUCGAGGGUGGACAGUUUUUUUUCCCAAGACAAAACAUGUCUAGGUUGCCAUGGUAAACUCCGACAAGAUUAUGAUUAUGAUUUGCGCGCGCAUUUCAUUCUUUUAUUACGCGCGCAUUCUCGACUCCAAGCCCCAGAUAUUAAAAUAAUAGGUGUGAAGCUCUAUCCGUUAGUGCAUGUAGGUCUCAAGGAAUUAAACCAAUUGCGCUAUCCACUGGAUAAUGAUUUAUCCAGAGGAUUGAGUCAUUCACCAGUUUUGAACAGCUGGGGCCAAAGCUUUCAGUCUUGCAGAUUUUAAUAUCCUGAAGACUCUGAGUCGAGGACGUUUAAUGUAGUGCACGCGCUUUGACGGUUAGAAAUCGUUAUGAAACUUGCUAGAACGAAUUAUCGCCGCAAAUGGUUUCCCUACAGCACACAUAAAUCUCCUGCUUUUCAAGUGGUUUUUCUUGUAUCGCAAGAAAGAAACGGUGAAUGUCAAUCUUAUUCAGCUUGUUAUUGUCGUUUUUCUCGCAGCUAUUCGACUUUCUAUUGACGAGCCAGAGUUCUCCUAUGAGGAUUUUGCCCGCAAGAUUUGUUUGGCGGGAACUUGGAAUGGAAAGGUCAGUACAAUGUAGUUGUAAGUAAGCUUAGAACUGCUGGCUUUCGAUUUUCUAUCUUGUUAACGGUCUCUCUUGAUGAGAAAUGAAACGAUUCAGUUCAUGUAUUUUUCUUGCAAUUGUCGUCAUGAAGGCCCAUUACUGUAACUAUCGUGCGCCCAAGGGGCGGAGCCAAGUUUGCAGUUACAACGGUGUCGGAAUUGUUGAGGAAUAUAUGAAGUUUGAUUAAAAAGUCUAAAAAGAACUGCUCGUAUUAGAGAGGUGUCAGUAUUUGAGAGGUAGGGUUUCAUAGAAGUUUGGUAUCUUUAGAACCAAGAGGACUGUUUGCAUUGGAGUUAUCCGUAAGGAAGGUCCGUGGUAAGAAUUCUCGUUAAGUCACUUUUUGCAUCUUCAAACUAAAUACAGUACGAUCUAACCGCCAGGAAAUGAAUUUUCAUUUAAUUUAGUUCAGCGACAUCGUACUUCUGCAAGUCCUUACUAUUUCUUUGGCUUUAACUUAAUAACGACUGUUUUUUAUCUUUUGUUUCCAUUUCAUCGCAGGAAUAUGUGCUGAAGGUGAAGUUCAAAUCCCUGGAAGUUGGCUUGAAAGUGGUGUUCAAGGGAAACACACGUUCUGAUGUAAAGUUCUCGUCCCACAGAAAACAGGAUAAUGGACAGGUACGAAUGAUUAAAGUUUUUAAUUCAUCUCCAUCAUGUCUCUCCCUGCCAGAAGAUGAAUUUAGCCGUGUCUUAAUCAAUAAUCAGCUAAUUAGCUUCAUGUACUGUUUUAGUGCUUUUAAGAAAUCCCAAAUUCCUACGUUAUCGGUGACCUUACAGUAGUAUAGUGUCUCCAGGAUUCCGUUGUGGGCUGGAACGUUUCUGGGGGGACUUGGUUCGAAAAAAUUUGUAACUGCAUAUGAUAGUAUCCAACCAUUCCUCGAAGGAAAAUUGGAGUAAAUAGUGGUACUGACCUCUAGCGGUAUGCACCAACACUUACGAGAAUAGUUGUUUUAGCAUUAACCAAAUCACUUAAAUAAGAAAAAAAAUGAAAAUACAAGACUUCACUUAGCAAGAGGAUUAUCAAUUUUUUUUAUUAAUUGGGACAGUGUUUGCAAAAAUGUUGGAUAUUUUGUCAAGUGCAUUUUCACAGUUUUGUUGCAUUUAACACUGACAAGCCAAAUUGCGUCGCCCUCUUGGUGUUUUAGUACUGGUACAGCUACUUUAUUUAUCGCUAAAAAUUCGUCUUUCGAAACUCUCAUGAAACAAGACACCAUUUCGACUCCCAUCCUCAAACAAUGAAUAGCCAGGAAUUCUCAAUCAAAACGCUCAAAACAUUUUGCUACCCACUGUUUUGGUAAAUAUUGUUAAUGUAAAUUAUACUGAACAAAAUGUGUCUGGCCUUUUAUUAAAAUCAUUUAGGUGGACGAAUUUCCAAUCUGUACCGGUCAUCGAAAUGGAACACAUCCUCAUGUCUAUGAAAAUUCUUACGAACCCGAACCCCACAUGUCUGUGAUGCAAACAUGGUACAAAGUAAAAGGAGCCACAGUUGCAUUGGCAAGCUGGACAUGGAAUGGAGUUACCGGCGCGGGAAAAACGUCUUUUAAUAUCACGGUCACAGCAGCUGGCAAAGCCUAUGAUUGGGUUAUUUCAAAGGCUAAGUCGACCUGGAAUGGAGGAAGGCACUUGGCUAAGGAAACCUUAAACGGAGUAAUGUGUUUGGCUAAGGGAACCUGGAAUGGAAUGACGCGUUUGGCUGCUAAGACCUGGGACGGAAUAAAGUACUUGGCUGAAAGAACCUGGUGCAUGGUUACUUGGAUAGUCGAAUGGGUCUGGGAUCAAGUUAUGUGGCUGAUCGGUCCUAUUAACUUCAUGACUGAAGUGGUUUCUAUCUUCUAUGCUGAUUAUCUUAAAGGUGAGUGAUACGAAAAUUUACGUUUUGUAACCAAGCUAUGGAAAAGAAAUAGGAGACGUAAAAAGUGCACUUUCGUGUUAAUUAUAUCUACAGCUCAAAUAAAGUGCAUUUUUCCCACUCCUUAUAGUAUAGACCUUUGUCACGUGGCGGCCAUUUUGUCUCAAGAGAUUUAAAAAGCUUUGUUUAUGCCCGGCUAGCCUCGUUCUCUCUACGAGGCUAGCCGGGUAUAAAUAAAGCUUUUUAAAUCUCUUGAGACAAAAUGGCCGCCACGUGACAAAGGUCAAUUACCGGUAACUGUGCUAUUGAUAAGCUGGAAACGUUCCCUAGUCAUUCAGCCUCUUCUGGUUAUUUUCACAAUUAAAGAUAGACCAUGUGUUUACUUUUUGUUAACCAAAGUUGCUUUAUCUUUACAUAUUAUCUUUUUUUACAUAAACAAAGAGAUACAGAGGUGAUAUAGGUUAUAGAUAACCAGGGAUCGCUCUAGCUAUGCGCCUACUUUGCUACACCUACGAUACACUCAGUCUGCGAAACACUCAGACUUUUACGAUGGUGAUGUAGUUAUUUUUUCCUUCUUCUCCACGUACAGAUUACGUGUCGUUCAUCAAGUCUUUCAUUGAAGACAUUACCUGGCUGGAUAUCUUCAGGGCUUGUGUACUUUGUUCCAUUUUACUGUCCGUUUCACUUCUCGUGAAAUACGUGAAUCGACGACGUAGGUGAGUUGUGACCUUUUAACACAAAAACAACUUCUUAGAAAUUGCAGUCUUGUUGGUCAUUUCCUAUCUGCACCGCCCGCCCAAUUUUUGAGCGGCCAAAACCGAAAAUCCCGUUCCUUGGUCGUUGUUUGCUCCGAAACAACACGGAAACGCUUGCUUCGUAGGCUAUCCAACAAGCAUCGUAUCAGUUUUAUAAGUAAGCUCAAUAAAAGUUUGUCAAUGUUGUUUUUGCAGGCUGGCUAGGAUGGAAAGAGAAGCAGCUGCCCUGAAAGCAGCUACACCAAAAAAACCAAAAGGGCGUUAUCAGCAACCAAAGAAGAAAAAGAAGAACUGGUUGUAG